AGCAGCAGCAGCAGCAGCAUGUUUUUUUUGGUACCCAUAUCUCAUCUGCUUCACUCAGUGCCAUGUCUCCGUGUUCGGUGUUGUUUUCCUUUCCAGCUUUGGGUGGGCAUUGACAUCAGCCACACAGAGCACUGCAAUGAGGUAGGGUGCUUGCCUUUGAAGUACGGAGAGAGAGGGGAGAGAGCGCGUGCGCUGCGCGUCUUCCUGGUGACAGCAGCACGCUGUCUUUUUUUUUUAGUACCAGGUACAACAUAUCAUAUAUAUGAGGCACGCGAGGGCUGCUGCGUCUGCACCACGAGUGCCCCUCACCGUAGAAGUCAGCUAGGGUUGUGUGUGAGUCAUCUGUCGCUGUCGCUUUUGCUAUCGUCGCUGUUGGCAACGUUGACGAUGCUGUCUGCUGUUAUUGCUGUGUCGUAAGAAAAACGGCGGUCCGCCAUGAUGGCUUGCAGUUGUUGCUUCGCGUCCGCCGCUUUGUUUUUUCCUUUUCCCGGGGGGGUAGGAGCAGUGGUUGCCACCCCUCGCCGGCGGCCUGCUCCACCCUCGCUCUGAGUGUUGGUGGCGGCAGCGCCUCCCGUGGUAACAUGAGUGUUCCCCGAGAUGCCAGGCAGCAGCACUAUCUUGCUGGAGAGCAAGCCUCCACCGCCUACGGCGGCACCGAGAGAGCCCGUCUGCUGGAAUUUCGCCGGGGUUUUGGUCUGCUGGCCACGCUGGGUGGUCGUGAUAUUCAUGUCGGUGUCCAUGAUGUCGUGUUUUCCGCGGUUUGUGUUGUGUCGUGUGUGUUGUCUCGAAGUGAGCGCUACAACUCACGGACGGCGUCAUUUUUUUGACACACGUUGCACAAGUCCACGUCACACGUUUAACAUAACUGCACACAGGUUCCAAGUUUUUGAAAGACAAAUGUCGAAAAUUCCGACUAAAAAGUCGGUCCGUUAAAAACGGCCGUUACGACGCACAGGAAAAUCGCAGCUCAGAAAAUAUCACAAAAAGAUAACGGAAAAAGCAGGAAAGAACACGCGUGCUGAUUGGACGACGGUCCCUGACCUGCACACAUGGAGAAACCAGCGCCCGAAGCGUCCCCACCUGAGCCGUCUCUAUUCUAAAAGCCCUAUCAAAUGGCCCCUGAAAUCCGAUCUAAGCGAGGGGCCAUUUGGAUAGGGCUUUUAGAAUACAAUUGGAGCGCCGAAAACGGAGCACAAAAAGAGGUUUUCAAGAUAUUGCCGUAGAGAGAAAACGAGACCCCAGCGUUCAAGCUCCAGGAUGCCCGGGUGCCCCUUUCAUCGGUGGGUGGAGUGCGUCUUUGAGUUAGGCCCUGGUAGCGCUUUUCGCCCAAGCACAGUAUGACGCGGCGCAACUUCGCUGUAGAACCUGAGAAGCAGCAGCAGCGGGGCCAACCUGUCAGCGCUCCGCCACAGCAGUUUACCCGUCUACUACCCGCGUCCGCGCCACCCUAGGCGAUGGCGGUCAACGCAUACCCCGAUACUCCCCUCGUGGAGGACUUCAGAGGAGGAAACACCCUGGCAGUUUUGCGCCAGAUGAAGGAGGUGUAUGAAAGCCAUCCUGGGCGCGUACGAGAAUUGUUUUCGAUGCCGCCGUGGCGGUAGGAGCGGGCUCAUGCCUGCACGACGAUCCGCCAAAGGCUCUACCAAGACGGUUGACGCGCGAUCAGGGCGUCGAAGCUGCGAAGGAGCACCCUGGGCUCUGUGGAUUAUAUCUGGCUGGGGUUAGUUACGACGAUGUGGUCGCUACUGCGGAGAGGCGUGGCGUGAGCGUCACCUUCAACGUUUUUCGCAACCAGUGUUGCUUCGACGCCGCCAAAAAGCUUCGUGCGGAUGGCAUGGGCGUCCAACUCGCUCGGAAGGAGUGUUUCACUCAAGCGUUCAAGCUGUUUUUCCCGGGAAUGGCACGCCAGACCAAUGGGUGGAAACCGCAUUCAGCACUGAAAACGCGUGAUGGUCAGACGUCCUGGCGCGAGAGGGAUGAUGGUGGAUGCCGCGGUUCGGAAUGUAGGAGAGAGCCAUGUGGCGCCUGCAGGGGUGAUGACUACCGUGCCUAGGAAUGUAGCAGAUCACCGUGCAGUUGGAUUUCGCAUUUGCCUGGUAAGGGCCACCUCGCUUGUGACCCGCGGCGCCGGGAGGGGGGAACGGGAGGGGGAGAGAGGUGUCUACUUUUGUUCGUGAUGCAUGAGGUACUAGAAGUGCCAUAAUUCCAGGGAGUUAAGCAACGUACCUGGUGCAGCAGUACUUGUUCUGACCUUGACGUAAGUGCUUCCUCUAGGCGUGGCAUAUCAACAUGGGGUGGCGCGUGGGAAAGGAACGUGAUUGGAGUGUACAGGGAAGGGCCGAGUGUAAGCCGUUGUCAACGAGAGAGAGCAGCAUAAGCUUUGCGAAAUGGUCCCUUUGGUGACCGUUGAGAGAAGAGAAGGGCACCAAAACCUAGUUGUCCAAGAAACACGGCUCGUUGUUCAGGCAGUAGUCCAAAAAAAAUGUUCUACACCUCGUUUGUUUGUGAGCAACAAGCACCUGCAGACCCUGUGCGUGCUGUGCGUAGCUGUUUGUUGGUUGGAGUGUAGCUGCGCGCAGAUUGGUGCAAGCGCACUCGUUACCGAUCGGGAUAUUCUUUUCGAGGCAGUAAUAAUCAGAUUGCGGACUCGAAGCCCGUGAGACCAAAUACUCCAAAACCUCCACACAACAGUAUUCUGUAGCGGGUGGGGGGCGGAGGAGGAAGCCGCACUUGGAACGCAGCUGAUGUACGAGAGAGAAACCGCGGGCACUUGUUGAA